UUUGCGUUUGCAGUUCAUAUUUUGUCCAUACCUGUCGCUGAAGUCACACAUGCUUCGAGCGAGAGGUUAUGAAUUAUCUUAAUGUGUACAACUUUUUAAUUUUUCUAAACAGGAUAGGAUUGUAAAGCAAAACGGCCUAAAAUGCUUCUUCGAUUUUGUAAAUUAUGUUAUCAGGAUUCAGGUGUGUCGAUUAUAAAUUUACGGAAAUAUGGAAAAAGAGUUAGUACCAAACGUUUUAAGAAAUGUAAAGUCGAAAACGAAACGUUAACUCACGACCAAAUAAAUAUGAAAAAGCCAAUAAUCGUGUGUAAACGCCCGAUAUUUAAUUUCUACAAAGGUCAAACUUAUUCACAAUACGAAGAAAUACCAAUAGCUAGUAAAGGAUGGCACCAUUCAAAAGCUAAAGGGGAUUAUUUUCAUGUAUAUUCAGAACAUGAAUUAAAAUCUGAUCAAGCUAUCGUAGAGUCUACUUUUGAGAAUUAUGAUUUAUGCCCUUCGUUGUAUAAGAAAUUGCAGGAAUUAGGAUUUAUAAAGUUGUUGGAAAUUCAGGAACGUGCUAUACCAAAAAUUUUAGAUGGUCAAAAUACUGUAUUAGCUGCUGAAACUGGAUGUGGCAAAACGUUAGCGUAUCUUGUUCCUCUAAUAAAUCAAAUUUUAAAUUGGAAAUCAUUGUUACAAAGACCGUUUAAUUCUCCAUUAGGAUUAAUUAUAACACCAACCCGAGAAUUAGCUGUUCAAAUAGGGGUAGAGGCAAAAAAGUUAUCAAAAGAUCUUAAUAUUUCAACAAAAAUUUUGACAGGUGGUAAAACAAAAAGAAUGGUAUUACGCUUACCAUUAAAUGAUGUUGAUCUUGUUGUAGCCAGUUUUGGAGUUAUCAGUAAAUUAUCCACUUUUGGACUUUAUAAAUUAAAUUGUGUCAAACAUAUUGUUCUAGACGAAGCAGAUGCAUUAUUUCAUGACACAUUUGAAGGAAAACUUAAAAUAUUUAUGAAUAGGUUAAAGAUUGGUUAUCAACAAGUAAUAGAUGAGAAUGGAAUGCCUAAGAAUACUCAAUUGACAUUAGCUUCCGCUACAAUGCCCCAAAGAAUUUCUGAAGUUUUAGGAGACAUAGUAAAUGUCAAUUCUCUGACUCAAAUAGUUUCAGAAAAAUUACAUCAUGUUUUAGUAUCACAGAAAUUUAUGAGAUUGGGAUCAAGUCAAAAACCGUACGAAUUAUUAAAAUAUAUAAAACCAAAAAUUAAAUCUAAAGAACCAAUAAUCAUAUUCAGUAAUAAUAAUGCUACUUGUGACUGGAUUAGUAUGUUCUUACAUGAAUGUGGUAUUGAUAAUGUACAUUUGAAUGGUAAUAUGCCUUUAACAGUUAGACAAGGAAAAUACAAAGAAUUCAAAAUUGGAAAAGUUAAUAUAUUAUCAGCUACAAAUAUUGGAUCUAGAGGAUUGGACACUUUCAUGGUCCGACAUAUAUUGAAUUAUGAUUUUCCAUUGGAUACUUCUGAUUAUAUUCAUCGAUGUGGUAGGGUUGGAAGGAUAGGCAGCCAUGAAGAUUGCAAAGUAAUCAAUUUUAUUAGUCAUUAUCUAGAAAUUGAGAUAGUUCAAAAGAUCGAAAGAGCUUUACGCAGAGGAAGACCAAUACCUAUCUUUAAUAUAAUGAAAAAUAAUACGAAAGAUGAUCUUGAAUCUCUAAUUUCUUCCAAUGAUAUCCAAAAUGAUAUAAUUGAAAACAUAAAUGAGGAAAAUAGUAUUCCUUAUUAAUAAGUUCGUGAAUUAUAUUAAUAAAAUACGUGAUAUAUAUUUUUCAAAAGAUCUUUUCAAAUC